AAAAAAAACAGUUAUUGAUUUUUAGUUUUGACAGGAAAAUACAUUGUUGAUUUCCAGUCCUGUAUUUUGAGUAAUUGUGAAUUAGAAACAAAUAUUUAGAAAUAAUUAAAUUUCUUUUGUACCCGUACUCGUAAAAUAAUGAGUGAACUCAGACACCGUCGUGGCGAAGGUGACGGAAAUGAAAAAGUUGAAACUGCUGGCGAAUCUGAUCAUGUGGAUUCAGAGGAAGAAAAGGUGUUAGAGGAAAAGUAUGUGGAUGAAAUGGCGAAGAAUCUGCCUCAAGGUACAGAUAAGACGCCUGAAAUCUUGGAUUCAGCGCUUUCUGGUCUCUCAUCCAGAUGGAGAAAUUGGGUUAUCCGUGGAAUCUUCACAUGGCUGAUGAUUGGAGCCUUCUGUCUCCUGAUCUAUGGAGGUCCUCUGGCAUUAAUGAUAACGGUUUUGUGCGUCCAAGUAAAAUGCUUUGAGGAGAUCAUCAACAUUGGCUAUGCGGUCUACCGAGUUCACGGUUUGCCGUGGUUCCGCUCCCUCUCCUGGUACUUCCUGUUAACUUCCAACUAUUUCUUCUAUGGAGAAAACCUGAUUGACUACUUUGGUGUUGUCAUCAAUAGAACGGACUACCUCAAGUUCCUCGUCACCUACCACCGGUUUAUAUCGUUCAGCUUGUACUGUGUGGGCUUCGUGUGGUUCGUGCUGUCACUGGUGAAGAGGUACUAUAUGAGACAGUUCAGUCUGUUCGCGUGGACCCAUGUCGCUCUACUGAUUGUCGUCACCCAGAGCUACCUGAUCAUUCAGAACAUCUUCGAAGGUUUGAUCUGGUUCAUAGUGCCAGUGUCUAUGAUAAUCUGCAAUGAUGUAAUGGCGUACGUGUUCGGUUUCUUCUUCGGCAAGACUCCGUUAAUCAAGCUCAGUCCCAAGAAGACCUGGGAAGGUUUCAUCGGGGGAGGCGUCUCUACUGUUGCUUUCGGUUUGGUGCUGUCCUAUAUAAUGUCUCAAUAUCCUUACUUGGUGUGCCCAAUCGAGUACUCCGAGUCUUUGGGCAAAAUGACUAUGGACUGUGAACCUUCACCGCUGUUCCGUUUGCACGAAUAUACACCACCGCAGUUCCUGCAGCCACUUAUGAAAGUUUUCGGAAUGGAGAAAGUGAAUAUCUACCCAUUCAUGAUCCACUCCCUAGCGCUCAGCAUAUUCAGCUCCGUCAUUGGUCCCUUCGGUGGAUUCUUCGCAUCUGGCUUCAAGAGAGCAUUCAAGAUUAAGGAUUUCGGUGACGUGAUCCCAGGCCACGGGGGUAUAAUGGACCGGUUCGACUGCCAGUUCCUGAUGGCCACCUUCGUGAACGUAUACAUCACCAGCUUCAUCCGCACCGCCACGCCGCAGAAACUGCUGCAACAGGUAUACAACUUAAAACCGGAACAACAACUUCAACUGUUCUACGCUCUCAAGGAAUCGCUUGAACACAGGAAUAUACUCAACCUGGUACCGUAAAUGGGUAAACGGAAACGAGGUAACUGAAUAGAUUCAAUAAAAUAAUAAUAAUUAAAGAUAAAACAAUUAUUAUUUAUUACAUAAAAAAAUAUUGUAAGUGCCAGUCACAAUUGAACGUCUCUGCUAAUGUAAAAGAGAAAAGUAAUUUGAAAUUAUAAAUAGAAAUAUAAUAAGUACCUUUUAUACCUACUAGUUGAUAAAACAAAAUACUCGUAUUCUUUUAGAAAAUAAAUAAAAUUCAUACAAAAAUCGACGUUCAAUUGUGACAAUAAGGUCUAACAUAUCUCGUGUACCUUGAAAAAUAAAAUAAAAAUCUAGUCUAUAAUUUGUGGAAUCAUUUAUUUAGAUGUUGACAUUGAAUAUUGGACUUUAUUUCUAUAAGUAAAACGCUCUUUGUGACUAAAUACGUUCUGUAGCGACAAUAGAACAUCGUCGAAAUGAAUGAUUUUUACAAAAUGUUAUGAUGGUAUAUUAUUAAUUAUUCAUCUCUUAGAUAUUAAAAAAAAAUACAAAAAUAUUAAAUUUAUAUAAUAAAUAGAUGAAGAAAUUAAUAUUACCUAUUAUUAUAGAGUUAACGUAGAUUAUAAUAGUUAAUUAUUUUAAUUAAAUUCUGGUGGCAGGAAUGGUAUGUAACGGCUCUUGAUGGAUUAUUUUUUCCAAUUUCUUUUAGGAAUUU